AUGCAUACUGCGACUACUACCCAACGGACUCCUCGUAUGCAGAGACACGCCCGCGUACCUCUCACACGCAUGACGCCCUCCGUCUCUAUAGUAUCUGUGGAGGAUCGCACUGCGGGACUCUUUCCUUCGACACACCUGUUUUUGUACGACCAUACGCUCAACGGCAUGAAGGCGGUGAUCCGCUACAUCCUCGACGAGUUGGAUGGUCUUGAGCGAGAAUCCACUCAUAGCGCAGAAGUUCGUGGCCUGACAGAUCUGGUAUCCUUCUCUGAAGCACAUCCCAUCACCAACAGUCUACUGCAUCAUAGUGUGAGUACUCCGUUUGAACGGAUGACAAUGUCCCAAUGGCUGCGAUACACCUUGCUGCGAGAGACGUGGUCUGGGAUCGCGACCAUGGCAGCGUCGAGGGAGGUAGGGAUACGGGCAAUUUGUGCGACGCGACCGGAGUGA